ACUUGGCCUGACAAAGCCUUAUUGAAGUAAAAGACAGAGUGUGGUUUCAAAGCAGUUAGAAAAAGAACGGGAAUGCUGUUCAGGAAAUUCUUCAGGCAUGGGCAGGGACUUGGCUGCAAUUCCGCUGGUGGAAAAUCUGACAGGGGCAGCUUCUGAAGGCAGGGUAGGCCUCGUGCUGCUCUGAAAGCAACAGUGCAUCUUCUUCUCCCCACCCCUGCAUACCCUAGACCUUGUCCUUUCAUCUGGCUUCUGAGGAAAGAAAGAUGUCUCAGGAACAGUACGCACAUAGGAGCACCAUGCAAAGCUCAGAAGGACCACAUGUGUACAAAGUGGGGAUUUAUGGCUGGCGGAAGAGGUGCCUCUAUUUCUUUGUGCUUCUCCUAAUGAUUUUAAUUCUGGUGAACCUUGCCAUGACCAUCUGGAUUCUCAAAGUUAUGAACUUCACAAUUGAUGGAAUGGGAAACCUGAGGAUCACAGAAAAAGGUUUAAAGCUGGAAGGAGACUCAGAAUUCUUGAAACCUCUCUAUGCCAAAGAAAUACGAUCCAGGACAGGCAACCCUCUGUACUUCCAAUCUGCACGGAAUGUUACAGUGAACAUUCUCAAUGAGAAGAGUAAAGUUCUUACACGUCUUGUUACAGGUCCCAAAGCAGUGGAAGCACACAGCCAAAAAUUUGAAGUGCGAACCACCAAGGGGAUACUGUUGUUUUCUGCAGAUGACAACGAAGUGGUGGUUGGAGCAGAGAGGCUAAGAGUUAUAGGAGCAGAAGGUACAGUGUUCCCUAAAUCCAUAGAAACUUCCACUAUCAGGGCAGACCCCUUCAAGGAAUUAAGACUGGAGUCGCCCACACGCUCUUUGGUGAUGGAGGCACCCAAGGGAGUUCACAUCAAUGCUGAGGCUGGCAAUUUAGAAGCCACAUGUAGGACAGAGCUCAAGCUGGAAUCCAAAGAUGGAGAGAUAACGUUGGACACUGCGAAUAUCAAACUACCUAGAUUGCCUCAGGGAUCCUACUCCCCUACUGGAUCCAGGCAAAAAAUCUACGAGCUGUGUGUAUGUCCCAAUGGGAGGUUAUUCCUGUCUCAGGCAGGAUCUAGUUCCACCUGCCAGAUAAACUCAAGUGUCUGCCUUUGAGAGAGACUGUUUGCAGCAGGCGUAGCCGGCAGCACAAUGGCCUUUUCUGGCCUCCCAGAUAAGAGCUGCCAACUAUUUUUACUAGAACACAGAAAACCUAUCAAAGACUGUUUUUGUGUGUGCGCGCGUGUGUGAAUAUAUAAAUAUAU